AUGCUCCGAGCGCCCGCUGGGGAGAGAAGCGGCGGCGGCGGCGGCGCUGCGGGCGCGCCAGAUGGGGCGGGAGGAGGGGAGACCCGGCACCCACCGGCCCAGAGCUGCCCGACGCGGCUUGGGCGGACCCCGCCGCCCGGGUGCCUGGGCACGAUUCCAGGGAUCCAGGGUAAAGCGGUUCGCGCGGGAACAGGAGGAUAUGUCAGGCACAGGCUAUUCCCCAUCACUAUAGCCACAGAGGACUGGUCCAGAUGCGGAUCCCGAUCUGUGCUUCUUCAGAUGGUUGGAUACCAAGAAAGCUGCUCAGGAAACCUUACAACACAAUGGAAAAAAGUCUCACUCUGUCACCCAGGCAGGAGGGCGGUGGCAUGAUGUUGGCUCACUGCAACUUCUACCGGCCGGGUUCAAGCGAUUCUCCUGCCUCAGCCUCCCGAGUAGCUGGGAUUACACACGCCUGCCACUGCGCCUGGAUAAUUUUUGUAUUUUUAGUAGAGAUGAGGUUUCACCAUUUUGGUCAGGCUGGUCUUGAACUCCUGACCUUGUGAUCCACCCUCCUGGGCCUCCCAAAGUCCUGGGAUUACAUGUGCGAACCACCGCGCCCAGCCGAGGAGUCAUCUUUACAAUUACUUUUCACUAUCCCUAGGAUUAAUCAGACUACUUAGCAGAGUUUCAUCUAAGCUAUUAAAACAUGAAUAUAAUGUGGAUAUACAAUAUGAAUAUGAAUGUGAUAAUGGGGAAAGGAUAUAUUAAUGCUAGUGUGUUCUCCCCAAAAAAUCUCCUACUGCAUCAGGCCUCACUUUCUCAGACACACACAUGCAAGCACACCCAGGCAUCCACACUCAGAGCAAAUGAGGUUACACUUUUCCUUGCUUAGCCUUUAUGCUCCUAUCCUGAGCUCUAAGGCUUUUGCUUCUGUUUCUCAGACUUCUGUUCCUUAUACAGAAAUAGACAAACAUACACCACACUGGAGAAGUGGGAAGAAAUCUGAAUGGGUAUGAAGAGAUUCAGACCAGAUAUUUCUGGAAAUACAGAUUGGAAAUAUAAGAUUUGAGGCAGUUAUAGUCUCUUGAGCAACUACAAGAUGUGGAAAAGUUGGAAAGAAAAGAAAAACACGGUGUGUUAUAGAAGUGUCACUGAACCAGGAACUCAAUAUUUUUUUUGAAGGGUUCAUUACUGAAGACUGGAUUACAUUUCUAUUACUUUUUUGUUUUUAAAUCUUUUGUCUAUUUGGGUAAUCAAAAGCUUUUACACCACACCUUAAAGAGCCUGGAAUGUGGGGGGAUUUUACACACACACAUAUACACCAUUACACACUGGGACAUACAUAGUUUUCAAGCAAGCAAAUAUAGGUUACAAAGUUACAUAGUUUAUAAAUUAAUUUGAAAAUAUGAUUAUCCUGAAAAGAUAUCAGCAUAAUUUUAACAUAGAUUGGAUAUAUGUUUUCAUUUAUAUUAAAUGCCAUUGUUUUCUAAUUAUCAC